UUCAAAAUGUCGAAAAAUGUGUUUUGUUUGUUGUUUUGGUAUGAGAAAUAAUUUAUCUUUAUUUAUCAAAAUGUGAAUUGUUCUAAUGUAUGAAGAUAUUGUUGCAUAAAGAAGUAUAUCUCAUUGGAGAUAUCGUGCUUUAUACUUGGAUCAGCGGUUUCGAAGAAUUUUACCAACAUGUCCGCUAACGUUGAUGACGCCGAUGACGCCGACGACGAGUACUUGGAUGACCCGAUCUCGUUGUUGAAUAUUGAGGACAUCAAAACAGAAAUUUCUGAUGAAGAUCAAAUCAUCGACGUCAGUUCCGACUCCGACGAAGAGGAGACUUCAGCUUACGGGAAGACGAAGAGCUUUGUACUGCCGGUAAGAUUCUUCGACAUAUCUAGAAACGUUAAACUGCUCAACAAAUGUAAGCCAUUGAGCGUCAGAAUAGUUGACUGCAAACAACAUCCUACGUACUACACCAAGGAUCAAGAGAAAAGUAAAGAUAAGUCUGAUGAAAAUUGUGUAGAAGUACAAAAUACAUGCGAUAGUAAUAUCGAAACUAACCUGAAUUAUGCUAAUGCGGAAGGCAUUGUUAAUAUAAGCCAUACGAGAGAAAACGCCGGUGAAAUGUCGAUGAACUUGAAGGAAGGAGAGAAGAAACGUCAAAGUGAUUCUUUCUAUGAGAAACUAAAGAAGCGCAAAGAAGAGAGGAAACGUGUUGCUCUCAACUGUAAAGAUUUGGGUCAAGUUGAUUUUAAAAGAAACACAGGACUCGUGGGAUUGAAAAUAACUGAUACUAUUUUCAAACAAAUUGUAGAUACAGAAAAAGCCUUGAUUAAUGCUAAAUGUAGCUCUGUUGAAAGCAAACCUCAGGAUAAAAAUCAAAAUGAUGCAGAAAAACCGUCAAUUACCUCGAAAACUAUCACUUCUGAUGAUAAAUGUAAUGAACCCCAAAAUAGCGUUGUAGAAAAAGCAUUGGCUAAGUGUAUGAGUAUUGAAAAGAAAUGCGCCGAAAAUAAUGAAAAAUAUCACAGUAAUUCAAGAAAGAGUUCACUGUAUACAAAACAGACAAUUAGUUCUGACGAGAACUCUAGAGGAAAUAUUGCAAGUACUAUGGAAAAUUGGCCUAUAAAGAAAAGUACCCAUGUGGAAAAUAAAUCUAAUGAUAAGAAUGAAAGUGAUAAAAAUAAAACUAAGAAAAAAAGUGACAUUACUGGACAUAAAGAAAUUAAAACGAACACAAAAUCUGUUAUUAAAUGUAAAGAAAAAAUGUCUGAGAAUUCUUCGAAAGCUUUAAUUAGAAACCAGUGUAACCCUAAAGAAAAGUUUAAGGAGGAGGUACUUGAAUGUAGUAAGUAUAUGAAAAAAGUUGGUGCCACUUUGGAUAACCUGGGGACCUCUAUCAUACCGCUUAUAAAUAAUUAUACACCUAAAAGUUCACACAACAACUCUGAAAUUAAGAAUAUUAAGGCAGGAGCAAGCCAAAACACGUACAAGGACGUUAAAGACAGUAGCCAAAACAAAAUUAGUUUAAAAACAUUAAGUGAUAAUGUUAUUGAAAAUGCACUUAAACUUAAGAAAUCUAAACCUAAAAAUAAAAAUGCAGCUAAUAUAGUGCUCCAAAAAAAGAAACCGCACGCUAAAGUUAUUGCAAUGGAUACUAAGGUUCUUUUAAAACAUAGCAAUAUUGAGGGUUCCGUGAUUUCCGAUAAAGGCAAAGAGCCAUCUAAAAGUACGAUUAGUAAACAACAAGACUCUAACCCAACGAAACAAAUCGAUAAAGUUGUCGUUAAAGAUGCAAGCAGAGACCAGGCUGGUCCUAACUCUCCCGUCAUACCAUGUACUACCAUUACCAUUAGAGCUGCUACGCCUAAAUUAACUCCAAAAGAAACUUCAGCUGAGGAUACUAUUGGAAAACAAGAUAGUGCAACAUUCUCCAUUACUCCAUACACCGACACCGAAACUCCGUCGCUGCGAAAUAUGGCCGAACUUAGAAUUCCUAGACCUCCAAGCGCUCAGCUCAACAAAGAGUCUUUCAUUGGUAACACGGCUGAUGGUGAUCCGAUCAAAAAAAUUAACAUACCCGUGGUAACGCCAAUCGUCGAUGAUAAACAAAAGAUGCUAGCGGAACUAAACAAUGCAAUGAUGUCACCAGAAGUAAAGAAAAACCAGAAUGACGACCCACCUAAAGAUCUUAAGCGUAAAGCUGAUGUACCAAUAGACCCAGUAAAACCCAAACAUUCAAAGCCUGGCCCUUUGUCUAAGAAAACCAACAUAACCACGGAUUCCAGUAAUGUGAAAAUUACUGAUAAAUUGUCUUCUAGCACCGGGUAUUCGCCACCGAUCUUGCCUAUAUUUUCAUACCAGGAAUCUUUCAAAAUAUUUCCUCCCAACGACGAUAAGAACUCUGGAAUGUCUGUUCCCACCGACACACAGAAUCGUACUCCGUUGAAAAGAACGACAUCUACAGCCAGUAUUAGGAAAUAUGAUAAGAACCACAAAAGAAUACUUCAUCAUGAAAAUGGGAACCAAGAUAAGGCCAAGAAAAUAUCUUAUGAAGAUUACAGAAAAAGAGUUAUAAAAGAUAAUGUUGACAAAAUGGAUGUUAAUAAAGUGAGAAAAUAUAACGAGUCUAAGAAUGCUGCAGAUGAUUACAACCUAGAUCAGGGCUAUGACUCGGAUUCAACCGUCAAAUUGUAG